UUUUCCCAGUUGUCACUCUCCUGGGAGGGCUGACACCGAAACGUGUUAACGUGUCAUUGACCAAUGAAAUUAAAGUAUUUUACAUAAAGGUAAGAUAAAGAAUGUUAUGGGGAUACAAGGGACACUGGGACUACACACGGAGCUCUAUUUAACUGUUGCAUUGCAGAUGACGUUGCUUGCCAAACUCCUGUACGACAUGUUGGAAAUGAAGGGGAACAAUCAACCUCAGGGGCUACACACAAAUUGGCUCAACAAGAGCCAGGUAACAUCGUCAGUAUUGAGGAAGAAAAUAUCCGACUGAGGAAGAGAAUAGAGGACCUGGAGUCCUUCUUUGACCGGAUGUCUGUUUCUACUGCGGACAGUGGCUUUGGCACUGCGAGAAGCAGUCUGGCAUCCUCGAAUAAGAGUUCAAUUAUCCGGAGAAGUCAGAAGCCUGACGUAAACCGUGGUGACAAGAUGAAAGGUGCUUUGAAGAGAUUAUUCACAUUUGGACGACCAAAAGAGACAGAGGGCGUUGCCCGUCCUACUUCAGUACUGCGUGUGGGACAUGACAUGGAGUACCGGACCAAGGAGGCUGCACAUGCUUUGGCUACACAAGGUUCACAGUGGAAAACACUAGGUACAGCAGUGAAGGCAGCUCAGCAUGCUGCUUUCCGACCAGGUACACACAAAAACAUGCACUGCCAGUUGAGAACCUCUCUUUUUUUCUGUGACGAAGUAAACUGUAAGGAUUUUCCAACCACCACUGAAGUUUUGAGUCGUUAUGCAUGCUUUCUAACAGAGAACUUUAAGAGUGUCCAGUCAGUCAGAAACUACAUUUCCGGAGUCAGGACCUGGUCUACCAUCCUUGGCAUAGACACUACAGAUUUUUAUGCUCCUAGUGUCAAACUCACACUAACCGGUCUGGAGAAAACGAGUACACACUUGGUCAAUCAACGCUUACCUUUAUGGCCUUGGCACUUGGAAGCCAUGUUUCAUCAUUUUGAUCCUCACAACAAUGAAGACUUAUCUUUGUGGGCGAUGAUUUUACUUGGAUAUUUUGCUAUGCUCAGAAAAUCACAGUUCAUUAGCUCCACUGGAAACUCUUUUGACCAUUCCAAACAGUUAACAAGAUAUGACAUUUCUUUGGGUGUGUCAGGAUUAACCAUUCGGAUUAAAUGGACUAAAAUCUCUACAGUCCUGCAGAUCAGUGAAUUAUGUGCCUAUAACAAGAAUGCCUCAUUCAUUAUGUUGCCCUGUGCGUGCCUAUUGUCGUAUGGUGAACGCCAUACCAGCCAGACUUUCUGAUCCAGCAUUCGUUCAGUGCUACAAGGGACAGUUACGUUCUUGGUCUCGACAGCGAUAAGACCAAAAGUUUAGCUGCCUUUUGCACAAAUGUGGCUUGACUCUCAAUCAUACUCGUUCCACAGCUUAAGAAGGGGUGGCGCUUCGCUGGCUGCAGCUACAGGCUCAAGUGACAGUGACACUAUUGUGCAAUCUGCCUUUGGUCAUCGUCGUCUUAUAAGGACUAUAUCAAACUCUUGAGUUUCUGGCAGAAUGGCACAAACAUUUAAAUAACUUGGUCAGAGUACAGAACUUUCCCAUGUAGUCAGUCAUAUUUGUAUUCUUAAUCAGGCUGUCAUAACUUGUCACAACUAUAUAUGUUCACACAUUACCAGUUUUUCUAUUGCCUUGAUUUUCUCAAAGGCUAAAUGUCAAGCCAUUUCCUUCAUUUAUUUGUAUAUAUUGAUGAUUGCUUUCAGAAACUGUUUUUAUACUGGGUCAAAAAAGAAACUUCACAAAAUGUAAUUUGAAAAAUAAUGAAUACUUUUUCGCUGAUGAUACAUCUAUGUAUCCGAAAU